AUGUUCCCCAUCAAACUAUUAGCAAGAGGCGUCACCGGCGCAUAUGGCAUUGCGCGUGAGGCAAUGGCUGACCACGACGCCAAAAAGACCGCAGCGGCUCAGAGCCAUCUGCAAGUUCCCUCCCCAACCAAGGAGGAAGCCGAGCUUUCAGACACCUCAUCAGUCGAGUCAUCCGACGGCGAGGAAGCAGCCCAAGAACUCGACGAAGUGCAGCAGUCACUUCUGCCAAAAUACAAAGACAUUCAAUUUGACAAUGCACACAACGUCGAUGAAGUGUUGGAUGCCUUCAUGAAGGUACACCCGCCUCCCACGUAUUCGCCAGUCGCUGGCAAACUCGAAAUGCCCGUCAUCCUGCCCCAGCGUCGGCCGAAUAGCAAGGAACGAGGCUUCGUUCGCGCCUACGCGCCUAUUCUUCAGACUUGUGGAGUCGAGCAGGCCGAGUUUCUCGACUUCUUAAAGGGAUUCCAAAAAGCGAUCCAGCUGCAUCCACUUUUCCAUGCUUUCAAUCUGGCGUGCGCAGGAGCAGUCCUUGCCACCGACAUCGCAGUUGGCCCCAUGUUUUUCGUCCACAUCGGUGCCAUGGUAGUCCACACGAGCGUCGAGGUGUCCAGGAGACAAUACGUGAAAUAUGAGUCGAACAAAUAUCUCGACAAGAUGAACGAGACCUUUUUCAAGCCCCGCGGUCUGUAUGCCUUGGUCAUGGCAUAUAAACCCGAGUCAGACGAUUUGGUCCAAAAUGUGGACAUGAAUACCCACGUGGUAACCUCGAUCGCGACCAGGGACUCUGGCCGUGGCAGUCGAUUUGCCAACGCGGCAGGUCACGCAAGGGAGAUCGAGAUACCCGAGUCCGCCCCUCUCAUCUUCCCAGAGCUGGACGCUUUACCGGAGAGCGAGAAAGUGAACGCAUUCAAGCGCAGCGGCAAGAGACUCGGCGACUAUUUCGACCGCCGGGCUCAAAUCAAGUUUGAGAAGGCGAAUCCGGGUUCCAAACUCAACGUGUACCAGGAGAGGCAAUUUGCGUCGCGCUUCAGCGAUCCCAACCAUCCAGCCAACAGCGGCAGCUUGGUUGCCUUGCUGAGCGGCGGCAAAAUCGACACAACUGAAGCAGAUCGAGCAAAGGCUGAGAGAAGGGCACGCAAACGCCAGUACAAGGACGCAAGACGUGUUGCAAGGGGCCGCGAACCGCGCUAUGAUGCCAGCGGGAUGAACAAGAGAGCUCCGAAAGGGGGAAUCAAAGGCUUGAUGAAGUCGGAUGUGCUGUAUCUUAUGAUCGUGAAUUACCCCAGCGAGGCGGAGUUGAAGGAAGCGGCUCAGGCUAUGACCAACUUACAGGUGAAGUAG